AUGGACAAAAUUGCUAGCUCUUCUCGGAGAUCCGACAGCUGGAAUGUUGAGAAGGGCGAGGUCGUUUUAAAUGAUUCUGUUGAUAUAUCAAUAACAGUUGCCACGGAUAAGGAGGCCUGCAUUAUUGCGGUUGGGAGAGGCAUCAAAGUUGUGGAACCAGUACUUCGAGAUGAUGGACUGACAAAUUUUGAUGGGAUAUUGAAAGAAGCAAAUGGCAUCAUCCUUGCCCGUGGAAAUUUAGGGAUAGAACUCCCACAUGAGAAGGUUUUCUUAUUCCAAAAAGCUGCUAUUUACAAGUGUAACAUGGCUGGAAAGGCAGUUGUUGUGACAUGUGUUGUGGACUCUAUGGCUGAUAAUCUAAGACCUACUCGUGCUGAAGCAGCCGAUGUUGCCAAUGCAGUGUUAGAUGGAAUUUAUCUCCAAGAACAAGUUGCUUAUCACUGAUACUCCUUCUGGCGAGAGUGGCUGCCACGAUCUUGAUCACUGGUACUCCUUUACAUGACAGGGGAUGUGAGUGGUCUUGUUGUCACGAUCAUCUGAGAUUCAUCCAUUGUCGUUUUGAUUCGUUUUACUGGUACUCUUCCUCACGUGAGUGGUGUUGUUGUCACGAUCCUUAUCACUUGUACUCCUCUACAUGAUAGGGGAUAUGAGUGGUCUUGUUGCCAUGAUCAUAUGAGAUUCAUCCAUUGUCGUUUUGAUUCGUUU